UGAGGGGCCCGAGCAGUGUUCGCUGAGACGCAGAGAAGACACCAUGGCCGCUGGCAAUGCUCACAUUGGGAAGCCUGCACCAGAUUUCCAGGCCACCGCUGUGGUAAAUGGAGAGUUUAAGGAAGUUAAGCUGGCUGACUACAGGGGUAAAUAUGUCGUGCUGUUCUUCUACCCUCUGGACUUCACCUUCGUCUGCCCCACGGAGAUCAUUGCCUUUAGUGAGCACGCGGACGAGUUCCGAAAGAUCGGCUGUGAAGUCAUUGGAGCUUCUGUGGACUCGCACUUCUCACAUCUCGCAUGGACAAAUGUUCCUCGCAAGGAGGGCGGCCUGGGACCCAUGAACAUUCCCCUGUUGUCAGACCUGAAGCACACAAUCUCCAGGGACUAUGGCGUUCUCAAGGAGGAGGACGGGGUUGCAUACAGGGGUCUGUUCAUCAUAGACAGCAAGGGCAUCCUCCGUCAGAUAACAAUCAAUGAUCUGCCAGUUGGCCGCUCUGUAGAUGAGGUGCUGCGACUGGUGCAAGCAUUCCAGUUCACUGACCAACAUGGUGAGGUAUGCCCUGCAGGAUGGAAGCCUGGCAGCCGCACCAUCAAACCCAAUGUGAAGGACAGCAAGGAUUACUUCUCCAAGGAGCACUGAGCCCACCCCGACUCCACACUGAAGUGUUCCUGGUGGCUGGAGGGAUGCUCAUGUGCACUGACUUGCGGUACUUGCCAUGCUGCCACCGCUGUCCUCCUCGCCCAGGGAAAUAACUGCACUUAGUCUCGUUGUUUAAUAAAAAGUUAAUAGUUA